GCCACCCAGAGCCGCCGUAGGCAGAGGGAGCGGGCGAUGAUGGAAGGGGGAAGCAGGCUUCCGUGGACGAAGUAUGGCUCUGUUCUGUCCUUGUUCGUGGUUCUGUUAGCUAUCUGGUUCCGUUCACCGCAGGACACAGUGCUGGACGACCGGCUGGACACGGUGUUGUCGUCUCUGCUUCGGGCGGAGAGGAAAGUCGGGGUUAAUAACGCCAGACCCAGAGUUGCAGUUGGUUUUGGGGGUUGUGUUGACCUCAUAGUAGAUGGUGUGUCGUUCCUAAAUAAGAUGGGCGUCUCUCACACAGACCAGCCGCUGCACCAUGACUAUCUAGAAAAUGCUGAACAACUGGCUCAGAGCUUUGCCUACUUCUUUGCACCAGGAGCUGCUGCAGAGCGUUUUAUGAUUAAUGAAACCCUCUUUAGUGAGCUGGUCGAGGGCGCCCGUGACUUACCUGGAAACAGAUGGUCUGUAGGUGGAAAUGCUCCUGUGAUGGCCGGUCGAAUGGCAACAGAGGGAUGUGACGUGUUGUUAGGAGGAAGUUUCAGCCCCGAUUUUACUGAGGUUCUGUCCCAGCACAUUGCAGUGGCUGGUAAAAUGAUAGAAGAGCCAGACAUACAUCUGAUCCUGGAAUAUUCAUCUGGUGCCAGCUGGGGGACCUAUACCUCACGUAGAGCCAACAGAUAUAUCAUUCACAGUGAUGCCCAUAACCCCUACUUGGACUCCUUGGAAGAGUUUGCUGAGAAACUUGAAGACUUCAAGCCUGAUCUGUUAGUGGUGGGAGGGCUUCAAAUGAUGGACAACUUCCCCUUCAAUUCAGGUGAGCGAGAGGCGGUCCUCUCCCAGCUGGCAGACCUGCUGACCUCCUCAUCUCCUCAAAUCGGCAUCCAUUUUGAGAUGGCAAGUUUUGUGGAGGAGAACAUAGUAGACGACCUUCUUCACUAUGUCAUCCCCCAUGCGGACUCUUUAGGCAUGAAUGAACAAGAACUCCCCAAUCUUCUCAGCCUUCUAAAAGGCUCCAACAUCACUGUGCUGUCAGACCCAAACCCUCGCGUAGCUACUGUCCUCGACCAGAUGAGGGAGGUUUAUCGCAUCCUGAACCAGCGCUACAAGGAUGCUAACUCACACAGUGAGGCCAACAAUGGUAAAUCAAAGGGUAAGCCACUGACUCGUCUCCAUGUCCACACUCUGGCCUUUCAGGCCAUGAUAGUGACGCACGGCUCUCAGUGGAAGAACACCAUGUCCGCUACAGCCAAGGCGUCGCUCACGGCUAACCGUCACGUCUGCGGCUCAAAUGACAUCGACCUCAGCAAAGCUAGGCUCAUCAUGGACGACUCGUUCUCCAUUAGCCAUCGUGAGGGCAGCCAGCGUAUCCCGCUGCAGGAGACCAGGCCAGUCAGCUGCUGGGAUGAGGACGACUACCAGAUCUGUGUGGCGCCAGUGCUGGUGUGCACUGAGGUUUAUCAAACUGCAGGUGGAGGGGACAACAUCUCAGCUGCUGGCUUGGUUCUGCAGAUUUAAAAAGGAACACCAAAUGGUCCUUUUGACCCUGGAAAGUUUGUGUAGGUGUGAUGCACCCUACCCUGCAGGUACUGAUAUGGCUACAAGACUACGGAUAUCACAUCUGCUGCUCCUGGCCUAGAUGAAAAAUAGGAAAAACUCAUUAUUGUUACUUAAGAGUCAGAUCAUGGGUAUUUCUAUAGCUUACUCGGUUCUAACUUCUAAAGGGAAGCAACAGUAAUAACUGCAAUUUAACAUUUAUUUGUUUUUCUAAUCUAACUAAACGUUCUUUAGUUUACUCUCAAAAUUAACUGUUUUCCUUCUCUUCAGGACAGUGUCACUGAUCCACCCUCCGCUGCAACAAUAUUAAUACUUAGUUGCUACUUUAUUUCUACUCUAGUUUGAUUUUUAGCAAAUAAUCAUCUGGCAAACAGUUUGAUUCUCUUUUACUCUGAUAAAUCUGCUCCAUCAUCUGACUCCAGUGAUUUUAAUGGCUUGUUCUUCUAUUUCUCUGAGGCCUUAAAAAAACUUGACACAUCUGGAUGAGAUGAAGAGGCAUGAAGUUCUGAUGUAAUCAGAUGUAGAUCAUAGGUUUCUUUUGCAGCACUCAGCAGUUAUAUUAUGAUUUUUGACCAAGAUUUGCACAACCAUCUUUUGUAUGAUUAGAUAUAUUUAGAUUUCCUCCUGGAACGCAGUGGACAUUUGAUGAAAGAAUCAGAAAUGAUUAAAUCUGUUUCUUGGCAGGACGUGAAUUACAAAUGCCUCACUUGCCUUUUAGCAAAUAAUUAUAUUGUAGAUAGGGCGAGUGUUAAGUGGAAACCUGUCAGAUUCAAACUGUUGAGAUACCUUAUGCCUCUGCUUUCUCUUUCUCUGAGGUAAAUUCUCCAUAAAAUGCUUUGGGUUCUCCCAGUAUAUGUGAAAAUUGUGCAGAGGUUCUGGUAUGUCUGUGUUUGGACUGUAAUUUCUCUGUGGUUCAGUUGGAGUGAAAUAAGACAAAAUGUGAAGAGAGUGCUUCUGGUUGCUGGCUAUAAUUAUUUCCUCUGUAUCUCCAUGAUCUUUCAGCUUAUUCUUUCAUCGCCUUGUUUAUGGCUCCUCUAAAACCAAAUGACCCAUGUGGUUUGCCGUAGACAAGCUGCAUUUCUCAUUAUAUUGCUGGAUUAAGUGGAACAAUAGCUCAUCUUUAGUUUUUUGGGAUUUUUAAACAUGGGAUUGUAAUCUGUACUUGAAACCAAUGUUAAUCAAUAUAAACACCAUCGAUACUUUGAAGCAGUGGACCAUUGAUGAAGUAUAUAUUUCUAUGUUUAGUCCUAUCUCCCUCAUAGAAGAUUAUAAGGCUCAUAACUCAUGAAUUAACACUGGUGCUGGUACCAGAUGUAUUGUGACUUUUCAACCCAUGCUUCCUUUUUUUUUUAAAUAACACCUGAACAUUGUACUUCUAAUUGCAUUACAUUUAUACAUUUACUUUGUUUUUAUUCACUAAUGCAACUGAGCUUUAACUGAAAUGAAGCCAACUCCAAUAUUUUCUCACUAUGUGCGAAUCAAACAUUCCAGCCGCUGUUGUUCUCUCCUGUCUGGGAGAAUGAAAUAUGUUUCGGCCCCAUAUUGUAACAUAUAAAGUAACAAUUGUUUUCUUGGUUUAAAAAGAUCUCUUUUUUUAAUGAGCAAAAGCAACUUUAUAUGUGGAACACAUGGUUUUUGUUACAAAGAAAGAGGUCAGAACAUGGGAAUAAAAUGUGAAAAUCCCUUUAAAUCUUUGCUGUAUUGAUUUGAUGGCAACUGGUGAAGCUGAGGGUAAAUGAGCCUUAAUCUGUUUUCAAUGUUGGUGUUUGGUAAAAUCCGGUUGUUUAAUAGAGCCUAUUUCUCUUGAUUUCUAUUUGGGUUUUUUUUCCUUAUGAAUUUGUCUUAAGUUGUAAUUUAAAGGCUAAUUUGCCAGUGCUUUCCUGUGGACUGAAAUACUGUAGCAUGAAUUCAUACUCACUGGGGAACUGUCACAGCACUUAUCUAAAGUAGAUAAGUCGUAUUAUGUGUGUUUUACAUCUGUGUGAUUGUUUCAUGCAUGUUGAAUCAUUGCAGAACCAUCUGAGAUAAAAUUACAAUCUUAUCAGCAAUCAUUGCUUUGUUUAUUAUUACUAUUAGUUAUGUUUUUUUUUUUUGCUGCAAAUAUAAAGCAAGCAUUAGCUUUACUUCUGGCUAUAAAGCUGAACUCUAGUUGGUGUGAUACGUCAUGGCGUCUCGAUCACAGCAUAAAGCAGCACAAUUAAAAUUGUUUUUUCUCUUCUCA